UUCCCUCUUUUUGAACACAUGGCGAAGCGUUACAACAUGCGAUUGGUGGUGAAGCAGAGAUUUUCUGAGUUCUUUGAAGAGAAAGUGAAGAAGGAGCAUCAUCGCAGCCUCAUGAUGAAGAUGAUGGCUCUGCAGCCGUUUCCUUGUGAGGAUGGAGAUCGACAGGCUACAGACAGCAGAGGAGAGUACGGCCAUGCUGAAGAGAACUGUGUCAGAGCCGGCGUCCAACUCCCACUGGGCACUCUCAGCAGAUCUGAGUGGGAAGCCGCCAGUAAGUUUUUAAUGUCUCUGUAAUCUUCGCAUUAACGUCAAUGUUACAGUUUAAUCUUCGCAUUAACGUCACCGUUACAGUUUAAUCUGCACAUUAACGUCACCGUUACAGUUUAAUCUUCGCAUUAACG